AUGGAAAAUGGAAUUUACCGGUUACGCAACAAGCUGGUGGUGGUAGAGGGUUUUGCGUCAGCUGGGGAAGCUAGGUUUUGGGCUUUUGAAGGGUGUGGGAAGCGGGAUUUAUCAACUGGAGGUGGAUGCAUGCGUCCACUACAAUUCCGUUAUCCAUCAAUGUUUCUGGGAUUUGAUCCUCAUAGGAAGGAAUAUAAAGUGCUCUGCACUUUGGAAUUUGGCAGGCAAGUUAAGUGGAGGAUUCAUGUAACUGGAACGAAUUUGUGGAGGACGAUGAGCAACAAACCACUACUGGAGAAAUUCAAGAAGGGGACAAUUUGCGUGGAUGGAUGUAUUUAUUGGAAAGAUGCAUUGUUCGUGGAUGGUGAAAGAGCUAUACAAUAUUUUCAUGUUGGGGAGGAGAAGUUUGGGAUGGUUUUUCCUCCUAAAAGGACUAAAAGAAUUCGUCAAGUGACUCAGAUUGGAGAUGAUCUUGCCAUCGUAUAUAGAAGACCAUUUUGUCAUAAUAUGUUGAAGCUAUGGAUAUUCAACAAGAAGGAUAAAAAUUGGGCUAAGAAUAUAAUCAAAUUGCCAAGAAUUCCAGUUUCCAAACUUGAAGUCAUAGGGACAACGCACAAAACUAGUGAAAUCUUGAUGACUACUAAAUUGGGGUACCAUGACAUGUUGCAGUUAGUAUUUUACGAUCUGGAAACAGGAAAUUUAAGGACCAGCAAUAUUACUUGUCCUGGGAUGCCUAGCAUAGCAGCUGGUAAUCUCCUUUCCUAUGAUGCAAGCGCUACUGUGAGCAAUCAUGUAGAAAACAUUUUUCCACAGGAAUUUUCAAACCAAGGAACAACAUAA